UUCCCCUUUCCCUUUCCCUUUCCCUUCCCCUUCCCCUUCCCCUUCCCCUUUCCCCUUCCCUUCUCUCCUCUUUCUCCUCUUUCUCCCUUUCUCCCUUUCUACCCUACAAUUCUUCGACCCUUUUCUCCCCACGAUCCUUACCUUACUGUUGCUAUUCUCCGAGCUUGCUAGCUACACUGCUGACUGCUGCUGACUGCUGACUGCUAACUGCUGACUCCUGACUGCGGACUCCUGACUGCUCACUGCUGACUGCUGGGCCUCACCGAGGGAGAGAGAGGGAGACCGAGGACUACUAUACUGCAUCGGGAAGUACAUACAUACGCACACCGACACCGAGCAUAUUCACCUAUACUGUACUAUCGUCCUACCUUCCACGCAAACAAACAAAUACACGCCGAACAAACACACACUUCACACACCGAACCACCCAUCUACCCAACCUACCUAAUCAACCCAUCCCACAUCCCACAUACAUCCGCCACGCCAUGGUCACCACGGCGCGUCGUCGCGACCCCCGCCACGGCCGCACCCUGCGCAUAGUAGAUGAAUCAUUCUGGGCGCGGGAGCGGGACAUGCUUUCUUUGAGGCUGUCGCUAAUGCACGAUUUUCUUUCUGCAAAAGGUCUCACAAGCGAUAUCCAGCUCCACGCCGAGGAGUGUAGAUACCUAGAGUAUCAGAUCCAGAGUAUCCACGCCUCGCUCGCUCGCACUGGCGACGACACAGAAGCGCGCGACGCACUCGACCGACGCCUCCAGAACGAGCCGUCACCAGACCACCUCGAGAGGUUCAAGGAUUGGCUGGCUAAUAACCAGGAAUUCAAGACUCUGAUGCUGAGCCACCAGACCGAGGCGCGGGAUGGAGACGCAGAGGAUGGGGAGGGGGCCGCUACAGUUGUCGUGGGCGGCAAGUACAAGUGUUAUGAGCUGGGGUGUAAACAUUACGUUUAUGGCUUUGAGACUGUCGAGGCGCUGAGGAGACAUAUGGGCCUGCACGAAGACGCCGAGGAGGCGAGGAGGGAAGAUGUAGUCCGCCACCACACAUCGGGUAUGAGUCUCGAAGACGGCGUUCCUGGCGUUGGGGGGAUGGGAAGUCGUGAAGGCUCGAGCGAGGGAGAGACGAUGGAGGGGGUUAAUGGCCGCAAGGGGAGUGUGGCAGGAAUGGGGAAUGGGAAUGGGAAUGGGAAUGGGAAUGGGAAUGGGAAUAUGCCUGCAUCCCCAUUCUCAAAGAGGACGUCGUUACUCCCUACCCCUGAGGCGGAGGGGAGGAGGAGGGGGGGGGGAGGUUGAGUUUGCCCGGG